GCAGACUAUACACUCCUUUCAUCAUUCUGAGUAAACAUAAAUAAGAAACAGGAAAAAGAUAAAACUCCGUAGUUGCGGCAGUUUCAGCCUUUUUUAUAUAUUUUUAACAUACAUAUUAGCGCCAGAAAGUAGGGUAACCAUAAAGGUAAUUGAUUUUAAUGACGACCUAUGUCUUCUUGUAUACUACGAUCUGAUGGAAAAACUCAAUUUUCUGCAUAUAAUAUCGUAGCUAAUUCAGGAAAUUGCACAUUGAAAAAAUGCAAAUAAGAAGUACGAAAGAAAUAAGACCUGGUAAAAUCCGUACAGUCGUCGCUUAAAUCUAAUUCUUUGUCAGGCCUGUAGUGCUAUACUGUUUAAUAUUUAAUACAUUGAUGAUUUAAUUUUUGGUCUACAAUUUUGAAAAAUAGAAAAAUCUUUGUAAGUCACUAAAUCUUCAUAUUUCGAACAGAAAUCCGAACAUUUUCUAUCCUGUCCUCUCAAGAUGCUUCUUUUCCAAUGAUUUUACUUUUUACAGAAAUCUACAUCACUUUAAACCGAAUCCAGAUGUAGUUCCAACAAUUUGCCGUAAAAUGUUCAGUGCCAUACAUCAAAAUAAAAAUGAUUAGACUAUGAUUAGUUUACGGUGCGAUGUUCACAUUCAUUCGACCUCGGAUAAUGUUUUCAUCCGAGACACUGACCUCUCCUGUUGGCAGUACUUUGACAAAUUGGCCUCCAAGGACCAGGAGGAAAGAGCUUACUCUGGAGAUAAAUCUUCAUUUGGGGAGGCCAGAGGUCAGAGAUGGUUUAUUCGGAACAACAGACCACAUCGACUUAAAAAUGCAUUGAAAGAACUGAAUGAUCUUUUAGUAGAAAACUCGAUAAUUUUUACUAAAUGGAGAAGCAAUACCUUGUUUCACUUGAUUUUGCAAAACCUUGUGAUAAUAAGUAUUCAGCUCAACAAGUUCGGAGACAUCUCAAGGAUUAACUUUGAUCGGUUUCUAGUCGGGAAGUUUCCAGAUCGACCAACAGACAUCCUUUUCACAGAGAAGCAUCUCGCAAUUGUAUUCUUGGAAACAAGGCUAACUGUGGUAAGCUUUCUGAAACCUCUGAACUUUAGCAAACCUGGAUACUUAAGCCAGGCAGAUGUGAGGAUAGUUGACUUGACUCUAGCAAGUCCAUCCGGAAGAAGAAUAGAACGCAAGCUACUUAGUAACCUAGAUGAAUCCUGUCUACUUGUAUGGUGGUCUCUUGGAGACCAGAAGGUGUACCCCUGGGCUCCUCAACUAGAGGAGGUAAAUCGAGCCAACCUUCUGGUCUACUCUAGCAAUCCAGAGCUUAAAUUGUUGGGGUUUAACCGAACACGAUCUGAACCAAUCCUAGUCAGGUUUCUGUCUGGAAACUCUGUGCACUACAUAGCCCAGAGCCUGAGUGAAAAUAGUCCAGAGAAUAGAAUAGAAAACACAGUUCUCACAUUGGAAAAAAAUAAACCUAUGAAAACUAAGCUUUCCAGGUUUAUUUCGGUUCCUUCUCAUGUGAUUUGCCAUGCUCAAAUUCCUAAAUCUGAUAUACUACUUCUCGGAACUAUUUGUGGAACCAUUCUUUCAUUUGAUCAGGUUGAAAAUAAAUUAGAGCAUCAAAUUAAGAUCGGAUUCAUUCCUGCAUGUCUCACCAUUUCAUCUGAGGGUGCCAUCUUCUUUGUGAUUAGUGAGAAGGGAUUGGUUCAGUGCUUUGAUAUAGCUCUCAACCAUAUUCAGCUGGUUAAUCUAGGAGAAGGAGAACUAGGUGGACAUCUCCUUGAUAUUGGACAGUAUUUUAAGUCUCCAAUAAUUAUAAAGGAUGGAUGUUGGUCGCAACCUAUAAACAAGUUACAAACCUUCUCGCUCCCGAUGAGUUUUACUUUUAUCUUAGUAAAGGUUCUGGGAGGGCCGCUCGUCACUAUUCGUAUUUCCUCUGGUGUGCUUGCUGACGGGCCACUAGGGCCUGUCCAGAUUGCUGCUCAAUACUUAAAGUUUAAUCUUUAUCAUCAUACCUUCCUUUUUCUAAGUCAACUUUCCUGGGUUCAUUCAGGAGACGCCUUAUUAAAAUGUGUAACUCUUGCGUUCAACAGUUUGCUAAGACAGGGUUAUAGUAAAGAGAUGGAAUCCUUGGUAGAAACCUGCUUAGGGAUAUAUUUUAACCCUAACAAAACAAUCUUAGAAGAAAAAAGGGAAGAAUAUGCUGAUAAUAUCAAGGAUCUCUCCAGACGAUUCUGCAGUCAACUUAUCCGUCAUCAUCAGCUAGUUAAAGGAUUUCAGUUGGCAAUAGAUUUGAACGAUUACGAUUUAUUUAUCGAUGUACAUCAUGCUGCGAAGAAAAGGGGAUUAGUAGAUCUGGCCCAGGCUGCACUGAUUAAAGCAGAAGCUUACUACAACAAAUAUAGUUCUGAACCUCAAUCAAGAAGUGCCUCAAGUCAAUCCUAUCGAUCUCCCUUCCAGCUAGUUACAGGAGAACUUAUGCAGCCGGGCCAGGAAGCUAAAUACCUGAUUACAACCGCAGCUAAGAAGAUUAACACAAACCAGUUUAGAACAAGUGAUGAAGAGUACUUGAGAGAAUCACGUUUUAGAAAUGAACAUUUUAUCCCAUUGGAUUAUCCUCCGACACAG